AUGUCAUCUAAUCUCGGACACUCGAUUCGUCUGAUGCUGUCAUCGAGCCUCCGUGGCAACGGUUCGAUCGGUAUCCGUUCAACACUGGGCAAGGAAUCGACAUUGCAACUUACCCAAGAUGAUGCCCGUUACGAGGACGAUGCUGAAGAGGAGAGCCAACCCGGCGAAGACCACAUCGAUUUGAAGAACUAUCUCGACGACUUCGCAGAUGCUCUCAAGAAGUCAAAGAAUGACUCCGAAAUUGCUGAUAUCUUCAACGAGAAACUGUCGCAGAUGGUCUAUGGCUCAAAUAUGAUCGAGGCGGUCGGCAGCAGCCUUGACAUCACAAGCAAGCUCUGCCGAGAUAUUUUUGCUGGAGGGAUAGACGCAGACGAUGCUGAUAUCGCAGUAUCAGAGGCAAGUGGCGAGAUCGACUCUGUGGCUCUAGCGGCCAAAUACUGCCAUAAAUUCGUCAACAUUCACCCGUUUCUUGAUGGUAAUAGCCGAACAAGCCGUCUUAUUCUGAAUACCAUUCUCCUCAAAUACGGCGGUUGCUUCAUUUGGUUCGGCAAGGAUGCAAUAGAGCGUGAGGAGUACAUGGAUAUUGCGACAGAGGGAUUCGCUGCUGAGGCUCUGACUAUGCAACAGGAGGAAAUGGAUGAUCUACCGGAGGGCUUCAAGCCCAAGCAUCACAAGAAACUUGCCACGUUUACGCUGAAGCAUGUGUACAAGUACUUUAGCAUAUUCAAUUGA